UUUCUUUCCUUCCUACUUACCAAGGAUACCAUACAAUUCCUCGCUUAUCCUUUGCUCGGAGUUCUGUUUCUCUGAUUCUCUUCUCUAAACAAUGAGCAAACAGCAACAGAGUUUUGCGGCGACGGCGGCGGCGAAAAGGGGUCCUUCUCCACCGAGUAGCGACCAGAUUAAAAAAAAACGACGGGAAACUCCGACAACCAUACUGUCCCUGGACCCCGACAUCGUCACCACCAUCUUCGCUUUCCUCGACAUGUUCGAUCUCGUUCGCUGCUCCCUCGUUUGUAAACUCUGGAAUGCCAUCGUUGAGUCCCGGUCGCUGCGAGAAUUCUGUGAGAGGAAGAUGCACAAGUCUUUUGCUGAAUUUACCAAAAAGCCCCUGAGGGUGAUUUUAGGGGAAGUGGCUAUGGAACAGCAUAGCUUGGCUCUUCAGUGUGGUGGCUUUUACGUUGAUCAGUGGAAGGCUCAUUCAACCACGGUUGCUCAGUGCCGAAUGAAAAUGGGCAUGCUUGUUACUGGCGUGGGUCAUAAGGUUAUUCGUCUCUGGUCAUUAGACAGCUACAAAUGCAUAGAAGAAUACUCAAUGCCAGAUAUGUUUUCUUUAGUUGACUUUGAUUUUGAUGAGAGCAAGAUUGUUGGCCUAAUUGGUAGUCAUUUAUGCAUAUGGAGGCGGAAUGGGAAAAGAAGCAUAUUUCCUUCACUGGAAGGCAAAUUUGUAAAAGGUUCAUGCAUGCGUUACUUUGAUCCAGAAGCUGUGGUUGGAUGUGAUGAUGGAGCUGUUCGUGUUUUUGACAUGUACAGUAGGAAAUGUUCUCAAAUAAUAAGAAUGCACUAUGCACCAAUAACAUGCUUAUGUUUGAGUGAAGAUCAAUUGAUCAUGAGUGGCUCCACUUCAGGGAGUAUAACAAUGUCAGAUCCUUCCUCUGUUCAGCAGGUAGCAACACUUAGAUCAAGUGAUGCCAGAGGCAUAAGGACCUUGUGUUUCAAUCCCUCCUCUCAGCUACUGUUUGCAGGAUCAGCUGUUGGAUAUGCAUAUUGUUGGGACCUUAGAACUAGGAAACUGCUGUGGAGCAACCGAGUGAGUCCUAAUGUUAUAUACUCCUUACAGCACAUGCAUAGUGACACAUCAACAUUAGCUGUUGGCGGAAUAGAUGGUAUCUUAAGAUUGCUAAAUCAGAACGAUGGCAGUGUUGUUUCGAGUUGUGUUAUGGGAGAUAAAUUGUUAUCAACAUUUCAAAGUCCUUCUGGGUCCAUUCAAAGAAGAAAAGGGAGUAGGUUGCCUGAAAAUAUCUACAUAAAUAUUGACCUCAUUCCUAAAACUGCAAGACCUUCUAUUACAUGCCUCGCUGUUGGAAUGAAGAAGAUUGUUACCACACACAAUACCAAUGAUAUCAGAUUAUGGAAAUUCAAAAGCAAGAUUUCUUUGUAAAAUUAAGUAUUUAAUACCCUGUACACUGAAUAAUUUGUUGGAUUAUUUUAUAGCUGACAUCAUAGUGUUAUUAUUUUUCCUAAAACUCAGAUUAACAGGAUGUCAAAAAUAUAUAAAAUUAUGUGGUUUUAUUAGUCCCAAUUAUGUGAUUAUUA